AUGCGCCCCGGUCGGAAGUGGAACGGUUACGGCCGGUCCGCCGAUCGGCUCGGGGCGUGGACCGAUGCGGAUCGUGGUGGCGGCCCAAGCCCAGGCCUUUGAAACGCCCGCGGAGACGCUAUCGUUGCGAUCGUGGACCUUCGUGUCAGAAAAGUUACCACAGGGAUAACUGGCUUGUGGCAGCCAAGCGUUCAUAGGGACGUUGCUUUUUGAUCUUUCGAUGUCGGCUCUUCCUAUUAUUGUGAAGCAGAAUUCACCAAGUGUUGGUUUGUUCACCCACCAAUAGGGAAUGUGAGCUGGGUUUAGACCAUCAUGAGACAUGUUAGUCUUACCCUACUGAUGACAAUGUCGUAAUAGUAAUCCAACCUAGUAUGAGAGGAACCGUUGAUUCGCACAAUUAGUCAUCGCGCUUGGUUGAAAAGCCAGUGGCGCGAAGCUACCGUGCGUUGGAUUAUGACUGAAUGCCUCUAAGUCAGAAUCCAAGCUAGAUGCGACGUGUGCGCCCGCCAUCCGAUUGCCGA